GCCUACAACCCGGAAGUGAGCGCAGUCAUUCUGUUUGGCUGACUCUUCUGUGUACCUCGUCUCUCGCCUCAUAUCACUCAUAGCAUUUUUGGUUUUAUUUUAAGGACAUCUGAGAAAAUCAUUCAGCGAUGGCUCUUUCAUUCACGGGGAGGGUUGUUUUGGUCACUGGAGCUGGAGGAGGACUUGGAAAAGCGUAUGCCCUGGCUUUUGCUGAACGAGGGGCUGCAGUUAUAGUGAAUGACCUCGGGGGAGAUAUUAAAGGAGGUGGGAAGAGUUCUGCUGCUGCUGAUAAGGUGGUGGAAGAGAUAAAAGCUAAAGGAGGAAAGGCAGUGGCCAACUAUGAUUCUGUUGAAGAUGGAGAAAAGCUAAUACAAACUGCACUGGAAGCUUUUGGCAGAAUAGAUGUGGUUGUGAACAAUGCGGGGAUCCUUCGUGAUCGCUCGUUUGCCAGGACCAGUGAUGCGGACUGGGAUAUUAUCCACAGAGUUCAUUUGAGAGGCUCGUUUUUGGUGACCAGAGCUGCAUGGAACCACAUGAAGAACCAAAAAUUUGGCAGAAUCAUCAUGACCACUUCUGCUGCGGGCAUCUAUGGGAACUUUGGACAAGCUAACUACAGCGCAGCAAAACUGGGAAUGCUGGGAUUGGCGAAUACUUUGGCUAUUGAAGGAAAGAAAUACAAUGUGAACUGCAACACCAUAGCUCCUACGGCCGGAUCCCGCCUGACUGAGACCGUGAUGCCCCCAGACCUAUUGGAGAAUUUGAAGGCUGAAUAUGUGGCUCCUUUGGUCCUUUGGCUCUGUCAUGAAGAUUGUCGUGAGAACGGUUCACUGUUUGAGGUUGGAGCUGGCUGGGUUGGUAAAUUGCGUUGGGAGCGUGCAAAGGGUGCCAUUCUGAGACAAAAUACCCGCCCCAUGACUCCAGAGGAUGUGAGAGACCAGUGGGACAAGAUCUGUGACUUUACAAAUGCAGACAAGAUCGCCACAAUCGGAGAGUCGGUUCAGUCGUUGGUGAAUGUGCUUUCUCAAGUGCAGUCUGGAGCAGAGGUUGGAGCCCAUCCCGCGUCCUCUGUGUCCUCAGCUUCAGAGGUCAAUAAUAAUCCCGCAGUGGGACAUAAACUGGCUCAGUCCCAGUUUACCUACAGCCACAUGCAGUGCAUCCUGUACGCUCUGGGGGUGGGCAUGUCAACCAAAGACCCCGACUCUCUCAGGUUUUUGUAUGAGAAUCACCCGGAGUUUAGCUGCCUCCCCACGUUCGGAGUCAUUGUGUCCCAAGACGCCUUGAUGAGAGGAGGCUUAAUGUCAGUGCCUGGACUAAACAUUGACCUAACACAGGUAUUACAUGGAGAGCAGUACUUGGAGCUGUUUAAACCGCUGCCAACAUCAGGGACGUUGACCAUUGACGCAACUGUAGCUGAUGUUUUGGACAAAGGAUCUGGUGCUGUGAUUCUAUUGGAUGUGAAUGCGUACAACGGUGAUGAGCUCAUUUGCUUCAACCAAUAUUCCGUCUUUGUGGUCGGAGCUGGAGGCUUCGGAGGGAAGAGGAGCUCGGAUAAAGCCAGACCCCCCGUGGCUCCACCCAAACGCGCUCCAGAUGCCGUGAUGGUCGACUCCACCACCAGAGACCAAGCUGCCUUGUACCGUCUAAGUGGUGACUGGAACCCUCUUCACAUAGACCCAAGUUUUGCUGCGAUGGGAGGUUUCAAGCAGCCCAUUCUACACGGUCUCUGCUCUUUUGGAUUUGCUGCCAGACAUGUCCUAAAGCAGUACGCAGACAACGACCCCGCUAGAUUUAAAGCCAUCAAGGUGCGUUUCUUGAAGCCAGUGCUGCCAGGACAGUCCCUCCAGACAGAGAUGUGGAAGGAGGGCAACAGAAUCCAUCUGCAGUGCAAAGUGAAAGAGACCAACGCUGUGGUUCUCUCCGGGGCUUACGUGGAUUUACACCCAGCAUCAGACGAAGCUCCAGAAAGUAUCCCCAAUAGCGAGGGGCUGCAGAGUGAGCUGGUGUUUGCAGAGAUUGGCCGUAGGAUUAAAGACAUGGGCUCAGAGCUGGUCAAAAAGGUCAACGCUGUGUUUGGAUGGGAGAUCACCAAGGACGGACAGAACGCUGCGCAAUGGACCAUUGAUCUGAAGAGCGGCAGCGGCUCCGUUCACAAAGGUCCCUUCAGUGGAAAGACCGACGUAACCAUCACAGUGUCCGAUGAAGACUUCAUGGAGGUGGUGCAGGGCAAACUCAACCCUCAGAAGGCUUUCUUCUCGGGUAAACUAAAGAUCAGAGGAAACAUCAUGCUUAGUCAGAAGUUGGAGGUCAUCUUGAAGGACCACGCCAAGCUGUAAAGCGGCGCUCACACUUGUCCUGGUUUGGUCCUGAUGUAAACUUGGUUUGGUCCUGGUCUGGUCCAACUUUAUUCCUGAGUUAAGUCCCAAUUUUGAUGUGGUGAUUUUGUGCAAGUGUGAAUACAACUUAAAACGGCAUCAACAGCUGAUCAAGAAUCCGACCAAGACAAACAGACCAUCUUCACCAACCAGGAGAGUUUAAUACAAGACGCAAAACAAAAAAUAAAACUGAAUUAUGUUUAACAAAACAAUAAAAGGUAGCACUUUGUUGGUGUUUUUUUAAGGCCAUUAACAUGUUAUUACGAAGAUUGAAUUCAUAUUGAUCAAAUAGUUUAGAAUGGUUCAGGCUGAGGUCCAAACAGUGACACCUGCUCACUUAACCAAACUCUCCCCCAGCGUGAAAACCAGAGAUCUAUCAAGUUUUUUCAAGCUUAAAAUUUCAAAUCCUAAAAUUCAAGUCAAAAUUCAAACUGCUUUUUCCUCAGCAUCUUUGGAUUUUUGCUGCAAAUUUUAGAAUCGAUCGUGUGUGACUGAAUGUGUUUCCUGUUGGCUGUUCUCUUCUGUGUUUAGGGAUUAAAGAGACGUUUUGUUGAGACUAAAUCUGACCAAUCAGAUCAGCUCCCUGCAGCAUUUCCUAGUUGUUCCUAAGUUAGAUCAAUUCACUUGGGAUCGAUUGCUCAGGCCUUGGCAUUUAUAUUUUUUCACAGUGAAUUUUACAUUUUCACAGUUUAAAAAAAAUAGCACCAUUUACAAUUGAAUGAUUGAAUGAAAUUGAAUGAAAAAAAAGAUCUUGGAGUGUUUACAGAGGCUCUGUAUAAACACAAUGUACAGGCCAGUUAAGCAGUACUGUAAUUACUAUUUACUUUAAGAAGUUACUAGUUACUUUAAGAAUCUGAACCCGAUUUUGAACCAUAAAUGAAAAACAUCGAGAAUGAACCGUUAGCCCCGCCCAGAAAUACAUGUCUGGGAUAGGGAUGGGACGAUAUAUGAUAAUAUUGUUAAUCGUGAUAAAAAAGGUCCGCAAUUAAUUGUUCGUGAAAUUUUUUAAUAAUCGAGAUCAUCGCGCACGAUUAUAAUCGCCUUUACGGCACCACACUGCCUCAUGUUUCCAGUUCCAAUACAAUGUUUAGAUGUUAGUUCUGGCGUUUGCCCACUCUGUCACUGCAAUGACACUUGUAGCUUCUGUGCUUAUCUCCGUCUGAAAUAUAUUCUGUCAGAUAUCAACAAUAAACAAAGUCUGAUCCGUAACUCUCCACUGGAACGUACCAGUGCGCGCCUCACCCGUGCGCACAGAUGAGACGCUAAUGUGUGCACAUCUUAUAUUUUUACCUACAAUAAUGCAAACUGCAGAAUAAAACAACACCUUUUAAACAAUAGACAAAUUAAGUCUAAUUCAUACAGCUGAACACAAAUGUGCCAGAGCGCAUGGUCCGAAUGCUCACUAUGUGCACAGAAGCAACGAUAACGAUUAUACACGGUAUAUUUUACCUACAAUUAAGUCAAUAGCAGAAUAAACCACGCUUAUCGAUCGAGAACAGCAUCCAAUCCAUCAAAAAAUAAGGUCCUUUACUCCUGAGUCCACUGUGGGAUCUUUACUCUUUGCCAUGAACCGCUCCGGGUCAGAGAUGCCUCUGGUUUAACUUGUACAAACAUCCACAGUGUCCUCGAUCACGUCCUCCCUUUGGUUUGUCCGUUUCGUCAUGUUUAAAACGCAAACCAACAGUGCGUAAAAUGCGCCAUUAUGCGCAGGUUUCUGCAUCCACUCGGCUUCGGCCGUUUAUUUUGUGGACAUAAUUUCUUGACUGGAUUAUAUUCUCUGGACCUUUACGAAACAAAUGAGACCAACUUUGUGUGAAUAUGUUGAUAUUUGACAGAACCAGAGCGCUGAAUGGUAAAUGAAGUCCAGAUUCACACUUUGUGGCUUUUCUGUAAAAACGUCUUUCCUGUCAGCACUGUGGUGAUUAACAGGUUCAUAAUUAUCGCGAUAAUAUCGUUAAUUGCGAUUAUUUUGGCCACAAUAAUCGUGAAUCUAAAAUUUAAUAUCGUCCCAUCCCUAGUCUGGGAUCGUCACAGGGAGUUGUUUCUACCUGGUUCUCAUCACCCCACCCCAUUCACAAAUCGCUACUUUUACAAUAGACCAUUUAGUAAAUAAAAAUGUUCCUGAUCUUCAAAAAAUGCCAGGUUUAAAAUGUUUUUAAAAAUUAAUUCCCAUAACCUGGUUCCAUCAGCUGUGAUGAUAACUCUGUUGUUAAUAAUAAAACUACUACUUGACUUCUUUCAAAUAAUUCUUUUUAAAUAAGAAAUAGCUUCAAUGUUAAGUACUUGGCUGAGAUCAAUGCUAUUUCAGAUGCUCACAACUACCACUUUUGUGCAUUUAAAGCCGCUCUGCCAAGAAAUUAAAACAGUUAAACAAUUUCUGUAAUUAAUAAUGUAACGUGUACAGUGUCAUAUCUUUAUACUGUCCAAACUGAGAUGUUUUAAUAUGAAAGUUUUCUCUAAUAAACCCAAUGAUAUUAAACGUG